CAUAAUAUCAAUGUCUGUCCAGAUUCUGCAAGGUGGUAGGUGAAAUUCAAAUGGUGUGAUGAAUUAUUACUUCAUUCUGUACUUCUUGUUAAAAAAAAAUAAAUAAAUAAAAAUGAUUUGUAGAACAAAAGUCAAAAACUAUCCAAUUUCUUCUAUUAAAUACUUAAAAUAUUAUUUUUAAAAGUAUAUAAUAAAAAAUCAAAAUGGUUUAAUAACUCUGCUGAGCCCCAUUAUAAAAAAAAAAUUAAUAACUCUGCAGUUGUAAAACCCUUCAAAUUCUACUUCCAAUUAAAGUUGUUAGAUAAGUUUUCUUCCUAUCUAAUAAGAAUGUCCAAUUAAAGUUGUUGGAUAAAUUUUAUUCAAUUUUAAUUUUAAAAUGAAAAAUGGAUUCCCAAACACAACCUUAAAAAAAAAAAAAAAAAAAAAACCAUAAUUGAUAUUGGCUUAAAAUGAAAAUUGCGCCUCUUGAAAUUUAGUCAGCUUUCAUGUGUGAUUCAGCGCGUACUCUGAUCAAACGGUGUCGUAACUUGACUUGCUCGCGCCAAGUGGUAGAGCCGAUAAUGAACAGAAAACCAAGGGCAUAACUAUAAUAUCAGUGAUUCCCAUUUCCUUCGCCGGUUACAGUAUGGUUUCAUUUCGGCAGUAAUCAUUCGCAUACUCACUCUCACACACAGUUCAGACUUUGUUGUGACAAAACCCAUCCAGAAAAUUUCGACCAUGAAUCGCUAAUAUUAGGAUUUCAUCUUCUCUUCAAUCACUCGACUCACCAUUGAAUACUAUUUCUCGAGAAACUAUUAGAACUCAGAACUCAGAUCAGCAACUAAACGGUGAUUUUUGUUGUUGGGGGAUUGACAAUGGUGUUUUUGUUGAAUGGUGGUCUAUCUGAUGGGAAUUUGAGAAAACAGCCUUUGGAAAACGGCUAUUCCUGGUGUUCUAGUGUUUCAGAGUUCAAGUGUAAGCCCCGGAAGGUUUCGUGCGUUCGUGAUUAUCCUCCGGGGUGUGGCCCAAAUGCCCCACCGAUUCAUUUGAGGCAAAAGAAAAAUGUGGUGGCAUUGGUUGCUGAUAAGGAGAAUUUGGUGGGUGAAAAAAGAACUGAAGUUGAAGUGGAUGAUUGUACUCCUGAGGUUCGGGUUGAAUUCCAGUCUCAUGAAGUGAUGAAAAGUCGAAUUCCGCCAGAAAUGGAUGAAUCAUUGGGUGGUUUGGUGGGGAAGGUGGAGGAUAUGAACGGGAUGGUCAGCAAGGAUGAGAAAAUUUCAACAAAUAUGGAGGUAUUGGGAGUUAGGUCGCAGAAAGAUUUAGGAUGUCUUGCACCAGAAUUGGUGAAGGAGUUGCUUGAGGUGGAGGUUCAGGCACUGAUGAAGAGAGAAGAUCCACUACAAUAUCAAACUGUGUCGGCGGCUAGUGCAAAAAAGUUGUCUCCACAGCAGUGGUCUAUUGGUGAUGCCAAAAUUUGGUUGGAGAAUGUUCUGAAGAAAAAUUAUCCGGGAAGAAGGGUUUCGGAUGAAAACCCUCCAUUUCGUGGAAGGAAUGCUCCACGCCCAAAUGAGGAAGAGCGCCAGAGGGUUGUGUUGAGAAACAAGAGUUUUGGUGGCACAGAGAGGGUUGUUGCAAAAGGCAGGUCAUUGAGGGAGACAGUGAGGGCUACCAUAGUAGAAUCCAAAAAGGAAUGUAAGAAUGAUUUGAGAGGAACUAUGCCUGAGCCAAGAAACAAGUCCCAGGCAGUAAUUAUAAAGGAUUCCGAGGAUUAAGAGAUUCGUUGGGGAAGGAGAUAAUUGUUCAUUCACAUGACAAAAGUCCUAAGCAAAGGCUUUUGGGUGAUCAUGUUGGUUUGGGAUGUGGAGUGGGCAGGAUGAUGGGGCAAGGUCUCAUGUCAUCACCAAAUUGUCUGUGGAAGUAGAGGAAAAGGGCUUCAAAAACUAUCCCAGAUGGUGGUAUGAGCCGAAGCAAAUUAAAGAAGCAGGAUUUCAUCAGGAGAGGGAAGUCUAGAAAUGUUAUUAGGAAAAAUAAUUAUGAAGCAGAUUAUUCAAGAGGAAAUUCUUCGAAGGGGAAAUCAAUGUAUGCUGGGAAGGCAGCUUAUGUUGGCAUAGGUGCACUACUUGUCUGGGAUGAAAAACAUACUUCUGUUUAUGAUGACGAGCAGCAUAACAAUUCUCAGCAAUUUCAACGACUGCACGGUUUUGAUGUACGUCGGGCCUCUUGAAACUCAGAGAAAGAAU